ACGGAAACGGUCGUUUUGCUUCCGACCAAGGACACACUACGAGUAUGUUCGUGCAUAGUGUACACUUGGCUAAGUCGUAUUACUGUAUUGUGAAGUUCCACUGCUGCUGUUGCGUUGAUACGAUGGGAAAUCGCGCUGAUCUGUGUUUAUUAGAGCGACGGUAAUAAGGCGCAGUACUGGCACGAUGUUACAUUCUUUGAAGUCUGUUGUUCUAUUGUUGACACUGAUAACAAUAUCAGUUGUCGUGUCAUUGUACCAAGCCCUGUUUACCUUGAACUUGUUCCGUGACCACAGUGAGACCUUCACUUCAAGACAGAUAGCCGGGGCUCUGCCAAAGAUCUCGGGCAAAGGAACACAUUCCACAGAACGCCGGCGAGGGGAAAACGGAGAGUUGGAAGCGACAACAAACUAUCGUGAUGCCUCCUGGAUAGAUAACAAGGCAGAAAAGUCUAAAUCCUGGCUUGAAGACCGCACUGCACUAGAGUUGGACAGCUAUCGGUACCUGCAUCAUCCAGAGACCGUCAAUAGAACCUAUGAUGUGUGGCAGACACAGCAGUUACGGAGAAAGGUUCUGCGGGAAACCUGUGACAGCCUACGGGACAAACACCGGCUGAGGAAAGCUGAAGUCCCGCCGAGCCACCUGCUCGUAGACGAUCGGCAUCGGUUCGUCUUCUGCGAGGUUCGAAAGGUGUCGUCGAUCGCCUGGCGCCGCGUCCUUGACGCCCUAGCGUCCGCCUACCCAGCCGGCCAUAGCGUGGGUGGGAUGGGGUUGCGGCGACUGGGCACGUACUCGGCACACCAGCGGGAACGCCGGCUGAGCGAGUACACCAAGUUUUUGUUCGUUCGGGAUCCCAUGUUGCGACUGGUGUCAGGAUGGCGCGACAAGUUCCUAGUGGGGCCCCAAAGGCACAAUUACCAGAGUUCCUGGGGAGCCAAAAUAAGGGGUUACUCGAAGCACCGAGCACGCAACAACUCCUCAUCAGAUUCAGUCCACGGUGCACAGCAACUUGUGCUAUCUUCAUCAGCAGUUGAGGAUCAGCCGGUCAGCUUCACUGAAUUCGUCAAGUACUUGACUGCUGGGCCACCCAGGUCCCCCCUAGUGCGAGACAUGCACUGGGAAACCUACAACUCCCGAUGUCGUCCUUGCCUCGUCCGCUACGAUUUCGUUGGGCAUUACGAGACCCUGGGCCCCGACGCGGCAGCUAUCCUGAACGCCCUCGACGGCCGCCGGCAAGGGAAUGGCAACCUCCGUUUUCCAGCCGGCCGUUCGGACUCAUUAUCGGUCGCUCGGCAGGAGUUCCCAAAACUCGCAUCGGAAGACGUCGUAGCAUUGGCCAAACUUUACGACGUUGAUUAUGAGCUUUUUGGGUAUUCAAUGAGCAGAUUUAGGAAUUGGUUGCAGAAUGCCUCAACGACUAAGUGAGUCUAUGGACUCAUUAAUUCUCCCUGGUAGGCUUCAUAUUGCAUUUGCAUGCACGGAGUACACGGGAAAUAUGGACCAUUUUUUUCUGUGACAUGUCUGACUAUAUGUAUGUAGAUUAGCUCUAGAUACUACUAAUCGUACAAGGCGUGUAUGGGGUUUUUCUUUCCCAGGAGCAAAAUAGAGUACCAUUCAGAUUAGAUUCAAUUACAAAAUUCAACUAAGAUAACAGUCAAUUAAGAAAUGAUUUUGACACGAAUUAGGUUAUGCUCUUUGGUCAUUUUUUCAUGUUUUUUCGUUUAUAAUCUAUUUCUUUGGGGAGGGGGUUGGCUAUCCACUUGGCUAACUUGUAUUCGUCUGUUCGAAAAUGUCUACAGCUUACAGGUUAGUUUUUUUUAAUUAAGAAUACGAGCGAUUCACAAUAGUGCGCCUCCAAGAGUUUGCAAC